GCAUGCGGUGCGGACAGAAUUUUUGUCGGUAUCCGUGUUUGUUGCUACAGUAAAUAAUCCGAUAUUUUUGUUAGUCGGAGAAUAUUUUUAGCGCGAAAAUUCGAAAAAAUUAAUUAUUAUUAAAAAAAUAAAUUAGAAAAAAAAAAUAAAUAAAAAUGCCUCUUACGAAUUAUGUGUCAGUGGCAACGCUGAAAUUGUGUACAGCGGCUCUCGGUGUGUUUUUGUGCUUUUUUGCGUUUGGAGUUUUGCAGGAACGCGUUACGAGACGUACCUAUGGCGGCGAGGAAGAGGGCACAGAACCCGAGAAAUUUGAGUAUUUUCAGGCACUUGUUGGAUUUUUGUGUCUCUUCUACUACUUGUGUGCCCAAGUUGGUCAUUUAGCAGCGCGCGAAAAGAAAGACACUUCACGAAAACUUCUCUACUUGAUUGCCGCAAUUGCCUACUUGUCCGCGAUGUUGUGCAGUAACAUGGCUCUCAAAUGGGUCGCAUAUCCAAUUCAAGUCGUUGCAAAAUCCGCAAAGCCCAUUCCGACAAUUAUUCUGACGGCGCUGAUCGGCAAACGAAAGUACACGUGGAAAAAGUAUUUAUUUGUCUUCAUAAUUGUCAUCGGCGUUGCAUUAUUUAUCUACGAGGGCAAGAAAGAUAAGGGCGUAAAGGAAAAGGUGUGGUACGGCGAAUUGUUGCUGCUCGCAAGUUUGCUCUUGGACGGGCUCUGUGGCGGUUUUGAGGAACGCAUUCGCAAAGAAUCAUCUCCCGCUCCCUUCUCAAUGAUGUUAAUGAUGAACGGUCUCAGUGCGACAAUUCUCAUCGUUGCAACUUUUGCUACCGGCGAAGCGACACACUUUAUUGGCUUCGUCUCACGUCAUCCGGAAGUCCUUCAACAUCUCGCUCUCAUGGCACUUGCUGGCGGCUUGGGACAAGUUUGCAUCUUCUACAUGGUUUCGCACUUUGGACCACUUCCGUGCUCAAUUGUCACGACAACCCGUAAAUUUUUCACCGUAAUGUUUUCCGUUAUUUUCUUCCAAAAUCCACUUGCGAUCCAUCAAUGGAUCGGUACCGUUUUCGUUUUUGGCGGUUUGUUCGGCGACAUGUUCUUCAACAAAAAACCAAAACGUGAGGAAGUGCAAGCAUUGCCAACCACAGAUCCAGAUACGGAUAAAACGAACAAUGUACCGUUAGCGACGCCCGAAAGUCCGUUCAGCGACGACGAAAAGAAGGAAGAAAAAACUGAAGAGAAGGUUUAACAAAAAAAUAAUUUAUUUUUUAGCAAACAAUUGUCAAAAUGAUAAAACAAUGACGUAAUUGAAAUUUAAAUAAUGCAAAAUGGAAAAAAGUCAUAAAACCAAAAAUUAAUGUAAACCUGUGUCAAGCAACUUUAUACCUCACUUGUUUUUUGUUUUUUUACUUACUUUUAUGUACACGCGCGUUUUAGAUAAUUUAUAACCCGGAUCCAUAAAAUGUAGCGACAAUUACUACCGUUAUUAGUGUAAAGUAGUCAAAUUUUUUUACAUUUAAUCAAACGAAACCUAAGAAUGAUUUUUUUUACGUAACAAUAGAUUCAUUGAUAUUUUUUUAAACAAUUGUAGGUAUUAAAUAAGAAAAAAAAAUAUAUUUACAGAAAACCGAAUUAGUGAAAUAAGACAUUAGAAUAAAAGUUUAAAAGAAAGAACAAUAUUAAAUAAAUAGAAAAUUAAUUUUUA